AUGGAUAGAUUGGUCAAUGAUUUUAAAUUUGAGUUUUAUCCGAACUGGCAAAACUUAAGCAUCGAUACCAGAAAACACUGUCAUUACUCCGACGAGACAAAAUGUGUGACGCUUUAUUUCGCCGCCAACGGAUACCCACUUACCGAAUUCAACUUUGUAGGCCAGUCGAUUUUUUAUAUUCAUAAAAGAGACAACGCACUAAAAAUUGGUUAUUCCAUCGGAAAUGUCAAGUGGCCAUGCGAUGAAUUUCUGGAAGAUUCAGAGCAUGAGAAAGAUAAGUCGGAGGAGAAACCGGAAGAGAUCGGUUAA